CAUGCAGCGUUACGUGCGGAAAGGGAACAAUGACCAGAACAAGGCUGUGCAAUAAUCCAGAGCCGGGCAAUGGUGGUAAAAACUGUCCUGGCUCCCGUUUUGAGCAGAGGAGGUGCACGAACAGGCUUUGUCCAGUACACGGGGGAUGGUCAUUGUGGGAGAGUGGACCUCCUGCAGUGUCACUUGCGGGUCUGGUAUCCGCUCACGGAACCGGAAGUGUGACAGCCCAAACCAAGACAUGGCGGCAAAGAUUGCACUGGCCCUUCUAAAGAUGAUCAGAAGUGUAAAAGUUCCAGGCCUUGUCCAGUUGACGGCGGAUGGUCGUCCUGGACGAGUUACGCCCCCUGUGACGCAGUACGGUGCAGCUGGGAAGCCGGGACACCGAAUCCGAACUCGCAGCUGUACAAACCCUAGGCCAAGAUUUGGUGGCAGAUUUUGUAAAGGGAACAGCUUCCUUUCUCUAGAAUGCCUCAACGACGAAGGUUGCCCAGUGAAUGGAGAAUGGUGUAGAUGGAGCAAAUGGUCUCCAUGCAUUGCUACAUGCAAAAGUCUCCUCAAUCACCUUGCAUAUGAGCGGCGAGAACGGACUUGUUCGUGUCCAUUUCCAAAGAAUGGCGGAAAAACGUGUGAUACAGAUGAGGCCACGGGGUUUGAAGUUCGAGAAUGUGCUGACGUACCAAUGUGUGAUUAUAACUGGCUACCCAGAAGGAGAGAACCACAGAAGGAAUUAUCAAGGGGGUGCAAGGGGGAUUCUCCUGGAUCAGGAGAUGGGAGUGACAUUACCUGCGAUCAGGAGGACGAUGUCCAAGACCCGGAUACAGAUUCUGACAUGUGGUCCGGAAGUGGUGCACAGGAUAAUAGGAACAGGGAGUAUGGGGAGUCUUGUGGUGAACCUGGGAGGAUGGGGGGUUGGUCAGCUUGGACGCAGAUACGUAAGUGUACGGGACACACGUGCAAUGCCACAUCCGGGACGGUCUUUGAUUAUAGGCGAUGUAACAACCCUUACCCCGUGGAUGGGGGUUCCCCUUGUAGAGGUACCCGGUACAGAUCACGGCUGUGUACACCUGAGGGCUCCACAUGUCCAGUUAAUGGUAAUUGGUGCGAGUGGGGGGUGUGGAGCACGUGCGAAGGAUGCCUGGAUACAAUAAGCGGAGGCCCUCACCGUACAAGAGAGAGACAGUGUAAAUGUCCUGAACCGAAGAACGGAGGUCAGUGUGAGCCUUAUGGUAUAGUAGGCACUGACAAAAGCGAGUGCGUAACUCUACCGCCAUGUUCAGAUAUAAAAACGGUAUCAGCAGGGACCACAGGCUCCCCAAUCAACUGGGAACGUUUUACGGAGGAUGCGGAUGACAUUGUUUUUGAAAAUUAUGAGUAAUAGUCUGACGAUGACGGCCUCUCUACAUACAUGGAAUCUCUCACAAUGAAUAAAAACAUCUUAAAUAACGUAAAAAUUAUUUGACCACCUCAUCUUCCUUGUGAAGUUGCGCUGUACCCAGAAUAAAGAAAAAUGUAACAGUUUAUUUAAA